UCAAUUCCAAAUCAAUCUUUCUUCCCUAUAUUCGUGCACUACGUGCUGUAUGUAGUCUCGGUUUCUGCACUCUACCUAGUGCACUAGAUGUGUGAUUGGGGGUUGAACCGCGAGGACAUUUCGGAGGGGAUUUUGAAAAGCUUUUACAUGGUUCUUGUUUAUGGAGCUUUGUUCCUGAACGUUUUGCUCCCGGUUGAAUGUUUAAACCGUGAUCUUUUGUUAUUUUCACCGUCUCCUGUAAUUAAGCCUUCUUGUUAAAAAAAGGUGAAGUGGUGUAAUGCAGCGUGCGUUUGCUGUGUGUGAGCCACUGGGUGCUCUUGUGCCUGGGCCACGGCCACUGGAGGGGAAGUCCUUUUACCUGGAUGAGGUGAAGAGUCAAUCAUGCGGUAUCCUCACCAAACUCAUCAUUCGCCUCGGAGGGAAAGUGGAGAGUUUCCUCUACAAGGAUGUGAACGUUGUCAUCACGGGAAACAGGGAUGCCCUGACAGCCAUCACAGCCUCAUCAGGAAAGGUCAAAGGUUACAAUUCUCCUCGUGAACAGAGAGAGAGCGGGAAUGAUGCAGCUCGGCGCCCGGGGAUGCCAAGAGCACCGGUGUGCGGCAGCCGAGGAAAAGCCUUGUUAGAGAAAGCCAUCCGCAAUAACGAGCAGUCUCGGGGUGGUGUAUUGUCUAGCGCUGCCCGUUACUGGGGAGUGAAGAUCGUGUCUGUAGACCAGUUUAUGAAGGUUGUAGAGGAUCUGAGUUCACACCGCUCCACUCACACACACCGCAGGAGAGAGGAGAAGAAUUCGAGUUUAUGUGUCAUGAAAGCUGGCAAUCUGAAGGUGGACUUUGUGAAGGUGGAGGACUCGAGCAGGAAGUACAGGCCGCUGCAUUGCCAGUCUCUGGAUUUCCCCAUGCUGACCUACUCGAGAAGAUUCAGUCCUUUUGAGAAUCCUGCCCCAGUGCAGACUGGGAAGACAAGAGAAGACGAGCUGAGCAAGGAUAAAUUCAGAAAAGAUGAAGAGCCGAUCAGUAGCCAUGAUAAACCAUCAGCAGCUCCUUCCCCUAAAAUAUCUCACAAAAAGAAAACCCUGGGCUACUGCGAGUGCUGUCAGAAAAAGUACAGCGAUCAGGACGAGCACUUGCAGUCAGAUGUUCAUCGGAGCUACGUGGAGGACGUUAAUAACUACGCCGUGGUGGACCAGCUGGUGGCUGCUAUGGCUGACGUUUUUUCGGGAUGUAAAGAUCAACAGGUUGAUGCACUAAUUAUGAGGUCGCCAAGCAGCUCUGAGGCUCCGCCUUCUGAAAUGGAGAAACCACAUGGAGGUGAAAUGGAAAACUGUCAGGCAAAUCUAGAGGUAGAACCGGCGAACCAUGUGGAAGUCCAACAAGAACACGUAUGGGACACCUCAGUUCAACCUCAGGAGCCACAGGAACCCUGUAUAGAUGCUCCUCCUUCCACUUCCUUGGAAACCAAGUUUGUGAAUGAAAAACGAGACUCAACAUCAAACUCUGAAACCAGUAUUCCCAGUCCUGGUACACAGGAUGAUCUUAUUUUCGAUAAUAAACCUAUAGAGCUCACUUCACCUUCUUCAGGAGAUGGUCAUAAGCCCAAUACACUACAGGAGCCUGCAGAAAUCUCUCCGAGUCCUUUACCUAGCCUAGAAACAUUACUAAAUGAUAACAGAGAUUCAGCAACUUGUAUAAAAAGUCCCAAGAGACAUCAGGAAGAUAUUGUGAGUGAUUUACCUUCAUGUGCAUGGUUAAUAGAAAGGGAACAGACACCCCUGGUAGAAAUCACUUCUUGUUCUCCAUUGUUUCAUUCCCUGCCCCACUCAUUGGCCACGAGAAUUUCAGAUGGUGUGAACCCCAAGAAGCGCAGCAGAUCCUUUACCCUCAGCCCAAAGGCCUCAAAGGUGAGGCGGACUAACCUGUGGUCUGAUCCAUCCAACCAGAAAAGUGGUAUUGACGUCAGAUUUGAUCACACAGAACAAAGCACGAUUAACGGGCACACGGGGGCUAAUGAUAUCACCGAAUGUAAGCUUGAAACUGCAGUGCAGCAUCCUUCUCUGAACGCUUCCCUUAUCAACGUGGCAACUCCAGAGAAUGAUCAACAGGAAGAAUCGGUUUGUCAGAACCUAAAAAAUGAAGUGCAUGAUGUAUCAUCAGAACUCGGUCCUCCUGAGCUCUACCCUUUCUUCCAUGAUGAUGUCUACCAAAAUCAACCAUUUCUGGACCCUCCAAAACUUGCCCCUAGUGUCCCCGUUCCUUCUACAAAUAAGACCUCCAGCGCUUCUCUCCUGUCUCAGUCCUUCUCCUCUGUCUUCAUCGAGUCUGCACUUGUCCCGGACACUUUCUCCCCUGCUUCUUCUGAAUCAGAUUGGGAUUCCGGCCUCAUGUCACGGUUAGCACCCCCAGUUCACCUCCAGCCCAAAGGGGAUCACUGUGAGCUGGACUUGGGUCUGCUUCUGCAGAGUUCCUGCUCCGGGAUGCAGGACGGAAGCUAUGCGUCACGACUGUGUUCUGUGUUGCAGCCCACCGCUGCUUCAUCACACGCUGCUUUUAGAGAUCCGAAUACCAUCUACAGACCGAUCGAGACGAUGGACAGAAGGAUAAUUCAGAGCCUGGGAGUGUAGUAGCAGGACUGAGACCAAAAUUCUGUCCAUUUCUUACAAAAGUGAUCUCUGAGCUUGUAACACUGUAACAUCAGUUGAUGCUAAGAUGUUUCAUGUGUUGCGUUGCGUUAGCUAACCUCAAUGGGAUUAGCCUUGCCUGGGAGAACUUUCUGUAUUAUGGUCUUUUUCAUGCUUUAGCAGUAUAGUGAAGUCUACAAUGGGAUACGGGCGUUCUUCAAGAACCAUGAGGGAUAGGACUUGGGAACGAUUAUGCCAAGAGCACAAUAAUAAUCCAUAUCCCAAGUGGCUUUUUGCUAAAGAAUUUGCAUAGCAGCAGCAGCACUUAGGUCACGUUAAACUCUCCAGGUGACGUAACAUGACUAGGUUCGCCAGAUCUAUUCGCUAGCUUCACGGUCUGCUUUGUAAGCAACCACCAAACCGAAGGUUCCUGACGGCUGAAAGUGGUAGAGUACUUCAUCUUGCUUUAGCUAGGUUUGGCUCACGUGGGGUCGGCCAGUCAAGUGUAAUGAUCCCCUCAAAGCAUUUAUUAUCGAGAGCAUUAUCAUGUUAGCUAGUGCACAAAAGAGAAUAAGCUAAUCUGCAGUCGUUAUUAAGCAAUUAGCUUUAACUAUAGGAACCAACAGUUCAGGAUUACACUUUCCACGUCUUCUCGACCUUUUGGCCAGCAUAAAGAAGCUUUUUGUUCUCGUCUUUUCAUGAGCAGCGGUUGAGAGCGAGUGCUCGCGUUGCGUAUUUAAUGAAGUGCCGCUGCAGGGGGCGUCAGGCAAUUAGUGUAAGUGCUGCAUCUGGACGUGUUCCCGCUAAUACGGUCGGAGAUAAAGUGUCGGGUCAGCACUGGACUCCUGGACACAAGGACUGUCAUAAUACAGGCUGAAUAAACAGAUGAACUUGUCGUUUAUGUAACUGUAGUAAAGGACAGGCUGGAACAGACAUUUCACGUGAUUGGUUAAUAAGCUGGCAUAAAAGCACAGGAUGUUUUUUCCUAGACUGUUGAGAAUCUUGAGCAUCUACACAGACUCACUUUUAAAAAUACUUUUUUGCUGUUAAUCAAAAAUGAUUUGAGUGAGCCUCGUAAAUGAGGUUUGUAAACCCCAAAGGCUUUGGAAACAUUAGUUUUUGUGUGUGUGUGUGUGUGUGUGUGAGUUAGAGAGAAGUGUGUAGCAGUUUACUCUUCCCAGGUGAGAAAUGUCUGCCAAAUCUUGUUGAAUAUUUUAUGAACUUAAAAGUGAAAUGUUCAUUUUAUUCCAAAGUCCAUCACGCUGAACUCCACACUCAUGUGACUAAUCAGACGUUUUCUUUCUUUAAAAAUAAUCCAUUCUGAACAAGCAGAAAAAACAACUCCUGUGCUGGAACACAGACAUUAUGGAUCUGGGUGUUCAAAUUUUGUACGAUUUUUAGCAGUUUUUAUUGAUUUUUAAGAUUUUUUUUCAGCUGCCAUGUCACUGUUUUGAGAUCUUGGAUGUUUAUUGAA